AUGUUCGCCCAAAGCUCAGUCGAGGAAGCCGCAGUAUCCAGCCGCAGCACGCGAUCCAAGACUGCAUCGAAGACCAAUCCCAAGGUCCAUGCUGUACCAGAGGCCCCUUCCGAGUCUGAUGAGCAGAACGGAUCUGCAUCAGGAACCAUCCGAACCAUCAGUGGCGUAUCCUUGCUAUCAGCUGUCUCAAUUCUUCCUUUGGACCUCAAGUCAACACAUACUAAGCUCAACCCGAAAGAUCAUGGCUUGCUGAAGAAGAAGCAAGAAUGGCUCAAAACCUAUGAUAUCAACGUACCGAAACAGUUCAAGAAACACCAAAGAGUUGCAGAAGCAACUCUUGUUUUUAGCCAAGAAGAGGCUGGUACGGCGAUUUGCAUCUCCCCAGAAGGCCUACUUCUCACGUGCGCUCACUGUAUCGCGGAAAAUGAGGAUGACCUCGAUAAAUCUCAGACCCACUGGCUACUCUUUUGUUCAGGCCUAGCCGUCGCAGCUAAAUGCACAGCCUGGGAUGCGAGGCGUGAUUUGGCAUUGUUGCAGGUCGUGGCAGCGCAGUCUUUUGUCCCAGCUGAAGGGUUUCCAUCAGCGCGCAUUGCCUGCGCCGCCCCAGAAACUGAUUCGCGUAUCAUAUGCAUUGGCCAUCCUGGGAGUGAAGACCUUGAGGCGUCUCAUACCGGUAUCAAAACCAAUUAUGAUGUGUUAUCCUGCAGCACAGGCUGCUACCGUGGAUGCGCCUCGGGUCAGGAUCCGCAUGAUAAUUCCGAGAUUGGCGCUCUAAUGCACGAUGCUUGGACGUAUUGGGGGCAUUCAGGCGCUCCUCUCUUUUGCCUGAAAACAGGACAGCUAAUGGGGCUCCAUUCUUCAUGGGACGCCGAGACUGGUAUGAGGCGUGGUGUAUCACUGGUAGCCAUUCGUCAAUUUGUCCACGAAAGCAUGCCAAACACUGACCAAGCCUUCGCAUAA